AUGAUCAAGAAAAUAACCACACACCCCACCCUCCCCUCUCACCGCCGUAAAAUCUACCUUGCUUUGCUAUCCGUCCCCGCAGGCCGUUGGACCACAUACGCUGCGCUUGCCAAGCAUAUUGGUACUAGUCCUCGAGCAGUUGGGGCCGCGAUGCGUCUGAACCCGUUUGCACCGGAGGUACCCUGUCAUCGGGUGCUGGGGGGUAACGGGAAGCUGCUGGUGGGGUACUCCGGUGCUGAGGGGUCAGGAGGGGCGAAGAAGAAAGCGAAGGAUGGGGUCGGCAUGAAGAAGAGAAUGUUGGAGGAGGAGGGGGUUGAGUUUACUGCGGAGGGGAUGGCGAGGGGGUUGUGUUUCGAGGGGUUUGGAAUGGGUUAA